AUGCCCGGCCUGCUGCUGCUCGCCGCUGCGCUGCUCUCCAGCUGGGCGCAGCUCCCGGCCGAAGCCAGCUCCUGGUGGUCGUUAGCUAUGAACCCGGUGCAGAGACCUGAGAUGUUCAUCAUCGGUGCCCAGCCUGUGUGCAGCCAGCUCCCGGGGCUCUCCCCGGGCCAGAGGAAGCUGUGCCAGUUGUACCAGGAGCACAUGGCCUACAUAGGGGAGGGAGCCAAGAUGGGCAUCAAGGAGUGCCAGCACCAGUUCCGGCAGAGGCGGUGGAACUGCAGCACCGUGGACGACACCUCCGUCUUCGGGAGGGUCAUGCAGAUCGGGAGCCGGGAGACGGCCUUCACCUAUGCCGUGAGCGCCGCGGGGGUGGUGAACGCCAUCAGCAGGGCCUGCCGAGAGGGCGAGCUGUCCACAUGCGGCUGCAGCAGGACAGCGAGGCCCAAGGACCUUCCCCGGGACUGGCUGUGGGGCGGCUGUGGGGACAACGUGGAGUACGGCUACCGGUUUGCUAAGGAGUUUGUGGAUGCCCGGGAGCGGGAGAAGAACUUUGCCAAGGGAUCGGAGGAGCAGGGCCGGGUGCUUAUGAACCUGCAGAACAACGAGGCGGGUCGAAGGGCUGUGUAUAAGAUGGCAGACGUAGCCUGCAAAUGCCACGGCGUCUCCGGAUCCUGCAGCCUCAAGACUUGCUGGCUCCAGCUGGCCGAGUUCCGCAAGGUGGGGGACCAGCUGAAGGAGAAGUACGACAGCGCCGCGGCCAUGCGCAUCACCCGCAAAGGCAAGCUGGAGCUGGUCAACAGCCGCUUCAACCAGCCCACCCCGGAGGACCUGGUGUACGUGGACCCCAGCCCCGACUACUGCCUGCGCAACGACACCACGGGCUCCCUGGGCACCCAGGGCCGCCUCUGCAACAAGACCUCAGAGGGCAUGGACGGCUGCGAGCUCAUGUGCUGCGGCCGUGGCUACGACCAGUUCAAGAGCGUCCAGGUGGAGCGCUGCCACUGCAAGUUCCACUGGUGCUGCUUCGUCAAGUGCAGGAAGUGCACGGAGGUGGUCGACCAGCACGUGUGCAAAUAG